GUCCCUUAAUUUUUGUAACAAUAUCAAAACGCACUCCAGAAAUUAGUUCAGAAACUCGAUCAAACACUUGGCAAAAGUGUAAGCGCCAAAAUAUUAUUAUUAUUAUUUCAUUCCCAGAUCUUUUCUCAAAAGUUAUUCUUAUAUAUCUCUUACAGGCUUCCGCUUGGAGUUUCGGUAGCCUAAGUGGUCGUCUAAAUUGGAGCUUUUCUGGUGGUGCUAAUAGAAGUUCAUUCCACAAUCGCAAUAAGUCAACCAGAAAAAGUUUAACUUCAGCUCAGCAGCGGCGAUCCAAAACUCAAUGGCACACGCCGCUCACCAAUGCCAUAUUCAGUUCACACUUUAAGGAGGCCAGUCGCAACGAACAAUUCCACAUUGUACAUCUCGUGGCUAAGGGUGCGUUCGGUGUUGUCUUCAAAGUAAUUAAUAAACACUACGCACAAGAAUUGCAAAACCAGCAGUCACCAGCAGCAGCGGUGCAAAAGCAGGCAGGCGGCAGAUCGUCAACGCCCCUACAUCCUGCACCCUUUUAUGCGCUUAAAGUGUUGAAAAAGUCUAGAAUAAUUGAGGAAAAUGGCGUGCAGCAAUUAAAAGACGAAGCGGAUAUCCAGAAGUUGUGUGGCCAUCACCCUUUUAUUGUGCAACAAGUGGAUGCGUGGCAAAAUCGCCGUAAUUUGCAUAUACUUCUAGAAUAUGUGCCGAACGGGGAACUGUUCUGCAAACUGACUUAUUUCUCCUUGGAACUUAUUCGGAUAUAUCUAGCGGAAAUCGCACUGGCUAUUGACUUUCUCC